AAGGUGUUUAUGUGAAAACUAAAUUAGAGAUGGUCUGAGACUGAUAAUGUGCGUAAAUAAAGCUUUACUUCUGUAGUUCGUGAAGUUGAACUAUUAUAAUAAGUUAUUUCGUUGGUCCUUCGAGCCGGAUUUUUAAAUAACUUUCUUUUGGUGUCAAGUCAGCUAGAUGAGUUGAUAUUGAGAAGCAAAUAAAGAAAUUAAAGAAAUAAUUUAUCUACGGAUAAAGGAUUUCACAAGGAAAAAUGGACGGCAUUAUACAAAUUGGAAAAUCAAAUCCACAAGAAAAAGCAAAUAUUUUUUCCAAAAUAUUUUUUGGAUGGAUGGCAAAAAUUUGUUAUGUAGCAGUGAAAAGAUCUUUAAAAGUGACCGAUCUAUACAGAUGUCUAACCGUAGAUAGAUCUGAAAGGCUUACGGAUAAAAUUGAGCUGAAAUGGAAGGAAGAAUUAGAGAAGGCGAAAACCAAAUCGAAAGAGCCCAGUCUAACGUCAUCAAUUGUCAAAGUUUUUGGCCCAACUUAUAUGUUUUACGGAUUAUUUGUAUUUUUAACGUCUGGCAUAUUAAGAUCGGUUCAACCUAUGAUCCUGGGCAUGUUCAUUAGACAAUUUUCAACCCUCAGUGAAGGUACUCUCAAUGACAAAUUGAUUCUCGGAGGUAUCUUGUUAGCAAUGUCUACCAUUACUGUAUUAACGUAUCAUCAACUUAAUCUCUUGCUUUCACAAAUUGGAAUGAGAGUUAGAGUUGCGUGUAGCUCGUUAAUCUACAGAAAGCUUUUACGACUAAGUACCAAGUCGUUAAACGAAGCUGCUGCAGGUAAAGUUGUUAAUCUUCUCUCAAACGACGUAAAUAGGUUUGAUUUGGUAGUCAUUUUGCUUCACUUCUUUUGGAUUAUGCCUAUACAAGUGGUUUUACUCACUUAUCUCAUAUGGCGAGAAGUUGGAGUGUCUGCGUUUAUAGGAGUUGCAGUUAUGUUAAUUUUAACUCUUCCUCUUCAAGGUGCAAUUGCAAAAUUAGCUUCGAUGUUUAGAAUAAAAGUGGCACAUAAAUCAGAUAGUAGGAUAAAAUUGAUGGGUCAAUUGAUUGCGGGUAUUCAAGUGGUGAAAAUGUACGUUUGGGAGGAGGCACUUGCCGAUACUGUCAAGAAAAUUCGCGCCAGUGAGAUCAGUACUUUAAGGAAAACUUCGUAUCUUAGAGGAAUACUGUCAGCCAUGUCCGUAUUCAUGGAACGUUUCGUCACUUUCAUAACCGUAGUGUCUUACGUACUCCUGGGAAAUACUAUUACGGCGGAUGUAGUCUUUGCACUCGCAUCAUUUUACAAUAUUUUACAAAUGACAACCGCCAUUUAUUACCCCCUGGCUCUGCUAUUCCUUUCCGAAACCAAAGUGUCUAUCAAACGACUCCAAGAAUUUUUACUUCUUGAAGAAAAAGAAAAAUCAAAAAUUGUGUUAACGAAUGACGGUAAAGUUUCUUUGAAAAGCGUUGAAGUUUUCUGGAAUCCCAAAGUAGCUUCCUUAAUCGAUAUAACAAUAAAUGUUCCUCAGGGAUCACUUUGUGCUGUUGUUGGUCCUGUAGGAUCUGGUAAAAGUACGUUACUGCAACUUCUUCUUGGGGAAAUUGCUUUAUAUAACGGUUUGGUAGAGGUCGGUGGUACUAUAUCUUAUUCGUCCCAAGAGGCAUGGAUAUUUGCUUCCACUGUGAGAAGAAACAUUGUUUUUGCUCAGGAAUACGAUAAGACACGAUACGAACAAGUCGUUGAAGUGUGUGCUCUGAAAGCUGAUUUUCAACAAUUCCCUUACAAAGAUAAAACUAUUGUUGGCGAAAAAGGGAUAUCACUGAGCGGAGGUCAAAGAGCCAGAAUAAAUUUGGCCAGAACUGUUUACAGAGAUGCAGACAUUUAUCUCCUCGACGAUCCACUAUCAGCUGUGGACGCACAUGUUGGAAAACAUCUGUUUGAAAAAUGCAUUUUACAAUUUUUGAAGCACAAAACGAGAAUUUUGGUCACACAUCAAUUACAAUACCUAAAAAAAGCAGAUCAGAUAGUAGUUUUGGACAACUCGGGUCGAAUUGAAGCAUGUGGGACAUUUGAUGAACUGUCAAAAAGUACGUUAGACUUUACGAAGUUGUUGUCAUCAGCCGAAGAAGACAUCGAAGAAGUGAAACACGUUGAGCAAAGCACUGGAAGACCUUCAGUAUUGAGUAUAACAAGCGAAAAUUGGGAAGAAGAGCAACUGGAAAAGAAUGCAGAAACCAUUGUGACUAAAGGGAAAUCCCCCUACGGACAAUAUGCAAAAUACGCGUCCAAUAUAUGCGGACUUCUUUUCCUAUUCAUUUCUUUGGUAAUUUCUCAAACUGCGACCAGUGGAUGUGAUUACUGGACUUCAUAUUGGACACAGUUAGAGGAAGAACGUUCUGCGUUAAAUUCGACUAGUAUUGAAGGUUCCUCUAGUAAUAUGUUAUCAACCGAGUGGUGUAUGAUAAUCUACACUAUUUUGGUAAUUGCUUGUUUGCUAUUGGCAACUAAUCGAUCUCUUCUAUUUUAUAAACUCGGUAUGAAUGCGUCUACCCAUUUGCAUGGCAAUAUGUUUAGCGCCCUUUUAAGGGCUCCGAUGCGCUUCUUCGAUGUUAACCCCAUGGGCAGGAUCCUCAAUAGAUUUACCAAGGAUAUCGGAAUUAUUGAUGAGUUACUUCCCAGAUUAAUGUUAGACGCUUCAUCAAUUCUCCUUAUAAUGCUGGGUAUUUUUGUCAAUGUGGCAAUAUCAAAUGUAUGGAUGAUAACGGCUGCGGUUGUAUUGGGCGUCAUAUUUAUAGUUAUUCUGAAGUUUUACAUUACCAUUGCCAGAGACGUUAAACAUUUGGAAGGAAUUACGAAAAGUCCUGUUUUCUCACAUUUGAGCGCUACGUUGAACGGUUUGGUUACUGUGAGGUCCACAAAAAGCGAACCAAUCCUUGCGUUUGAGUUCGAUCAACAUCAGGACACGCAUUCGUCUGCAUGGUAUUUAACGAUCUCUUGCAUGUCUUCUUUUGGAUUAUGGCUAGAUAUUGUCUCGUUGCUUUUUAUAUAUUGCGUGACAAUUGCUUUCAUAUUUAUGAGCGAAGAGGGUUAUAUAACGGGAAGCGCUGUUGGAUUAGCUGUUCAACAAAGUUUAAUUUUAAUUGGGAUGCUAUCGUUUGGCAUGCGACAAAUGGCUGAAAUGGUUAGUAACAUGGCGGCUGUUGAAAGAAUUGUGGAAUAUACCACUCUGGAAAAAGAAGAAAAUCCAAAUGAGAAAAAAAGUAUGCCGAAUAUCGAGUGGCCGAGCAAAGGGGCCAUAGUUUUUAAGAAUCUUUACUUGAAAUACUCAAAUGAAGAUCCUCCAGUUCUUAGGGAUUUGAACUUUACAAUCGAAGCUGGCGAAAAGAUUGGAAUAGUUGGACGAACAGGGGCUGGCAAAACUUCUUUGAUUGGAGCCCUAUUUCGUUUAGCAAAACUUGAGGGCAAUAUCUUUAUAGAUGGGGUUGAUACCCAAUCGGUUCCCUUAAGUGAAUUAAGAAAACGAAUUUCUAUAAUUCCCCAAGAGCCUGUACUUUUUAGCGAAACUUUAAGAUAUAAUUUGGAUCCAUUUAAUGAAUUUGAUGAUAAAAAUAUAUGGAACGCAUUAGAUGUGGUUGAGCUCAAAGGUUCUAUACAAUCAUUAGAUAUGACAGUACAAGAGGGAGGAAGUAACUUUAGUGUAGGACAAAGGCAGUUACUAUGCUUAGCACGGGCUAUCUUGAGGAACAACAAAAUUUUGGUCCUUGAUGAAGCUACAGCUAACGUCGACCCACAAACGGAUUCGUUAAUUCAAAUAACAAUCCGUAAGAGAUUUAAAGAUUGCACGGUAAUGACUAUUGCGCAUCGUCUAAAUACAGUUAUGGAUUCUGACAAAAUACUCGUAAUGGAUUCCGGAAGUAUGGUAGAAUACGAUCAUCCUUACAAACUGUUGCAAAACAAAGAAGGGAUUCUAUAUAAACUUGUCUCUCAGACUGGUCCCAGUAUGGAGGCACAACUUUAUAAUGUCGCAAAAGACUCUUAUUCCAGGAAAUAUGAUAACAAUGAUGUCAGUAGUAGACUUUAAGAGUAUAACAUUAUUUCUUUUCUAAACAUUUUUGUUAAAUAUUGAUGAUCCUUCUCUAGCAACUGAAAAUAAAUACAUUGCCCGAAAA